GUAGAAUUAAUGAACAUAGAGAAAACAAACUUCAUUUAUUGUCUUGAGACCCAAGUAAAUUACAACAUAAGUCAUUUCUGUGCCUUUGUAGCAUUGCGGGCCUAAGAAACAACAUAAGAAACACAUACGCAUAUAAACAUUUCAGAAAGAACAAAACGAGUUAAGCAAUUAUCUCAAAUAAACGUUUGGCAUAAAGCAUAGUAGACUAUUUAGCAUUUGGGGGACAUGUCGAUCACAGUGUUGACUUAUCAGUCACUGCAGAACAGUAGUUAAGAUUUCACAGUCCGGGAGCUUGACGAGUUCGAGAAAACUUUGGUUUUGUUGACUUUGGCAUAGACAGGGAACGGAACUUCCCCCUUUUCAUCUACCUCCUCCAGGUGGUUGCUGCCGUCUGCUGUCUGUUGUUGAGAAGCCUUGUUGUCUGUAGUGGGCCAUGGAUUUACAAACCUCUGUGGCGACAACGUCAUACACUGCGGACCCAGUGUAGCUGCUGUGUCGUCGGACACUGCUCUUCUCCAGCUCAGCCCAUUCCAUAGAGACUGUGCAGAUGCCAUCUGACCUUUGACCCUCGGACCCUGCACCUCUGGUCCGUGCUCUAUGACUUGCUGUGAGGCCAUGUCUGCUGUGAACAUCACCAGAGAUAUCCUGCACAGGCAGAUCAGGGACAAGAGAGCAUUGGGCUUCCAAAGGCAGUAUCAUGUCACAGACCCCUUCAUCAGUAGACUUGGACUGGAGGCAGAGUUGCAGGGCCACACUGGGUGUGUGAACUGCCUGGAAUGGAACGAACAGGGAGAUCUGCUGGCAUCGGGCUCAGAUGACCAACAUUGCAUCAUCUGGGACCCCUUCAAACACAAGAAGCUCACCACUAUGCACACAGGGCAUGCAGCAAACAUCUUCUCUGUGAAGUUUCUCCCUCACUCAGGUGACCGUAUCCUCGUGACGGGUGCAGCGGACACCAAGGUUCAUGUGCACGACGUGUCGGUCAAGGAGACCAUCCACAUGUUCUCCGACCACACCAACCGUGUCAAGCGCAUUGCUACGGCCCCCAUGUGGCCUAACACCUUCUGGAGUGCUGCGGAGGAUGGCAUCAUCAGGCAAUAUGACCUGAGGGAGAGCAGUAAGCGUUCAGAAGUGCUCAUCGACCUGACGGAAUACUGUGGUCAGCUGGUGGAGGCCAAGUGUUUGGCUGUCAACCCGCAAAAUAAUAACUACCUAGCAGUGGGGGCCAACGGGCCCUUUGUACGCCUCUACGACAUGCGCAUGAUCCACAACCACAGGAAGUCUGCGAGUCAGAGCACAUCGGCGGGAGUGCACACAUUCUGCGACAGGCAGAAGCCCAUCCCAGACGGAGCGGGGCAGUAUUAUGUCGCAGGGCACCUGCCAGUGAAGCUCCCUGACUACAAUAACCGCCUGAGGGUCCUAGUGGCCACCUACGUCACCUUCAGCCCCGACGGCACCGAGCUGCUAGUUAACAUGGGAGGAGAACAGGUGUAUCUAUUUGACUUGACGUUCAAACAGAAGCCGUACACCUAUCUGCUUCCCAAAAAGUGCCAAUUAACAGAUGUUCAGAAUGGAAAGACAACCAACAGGGUGUCAAAUGGAAUUCACUUGCCAGCCAGCCGACUUCGAUUCGCAGAAAGCAAAGUUUUCUCUGGUUCUGGCGAGCUGCCUCUUCACUUGGAGCGGAUAAAGCAGCAGGCCAACGACGCGUUUGCGCGGCAGCAGUGGACGCAGGCCAUCCAGUUCUACAGUCUGGGCAUCCACGAGGCCAGCCACAACGCCAUGCUGUACGGGAACCGCGCCGCCGCCUACAUGAAGCGCAAGUGGGACGGUGACCACUAUGAUGCGCUGAGAGAUUGUCUGAAAGCCCUGUCCCUCAACCCUGGGCACCUGAAGGCCCACUUCCGGCUGGCACGCUGCCUCUUUGAGCUGAAGUAUGUGGCCGAGGCUCUGGAGUGCUUGGAUGACUUCAAGGGCAAGUUCCCCGAGCAAGCCCACAGCUGCGCCUGCGACGCCCUAGAUAAGGAUAUCAAGGCCGCCCUCUUCUCCAAGAUGGACUCUGCUGAGGACAAAAAGGGCAACAGCUCAAUCCGCUUCCACACGUUCAGCAGGAAGGAGUCCAUCCCGGAAGAUGAGGUCGUUUUGAGAGAGCGCAGCUACGACUACAAACACCGCUACUGUGGUCAUUGUAACACCACCACAGACAUCAAGGAGGCCAACUUCUUUGGCAGUAAAGGCCAGUACAUUGUGAGCGGCUCCGACGACGGCUCCUUUUUCAUCUGGGAGAAGGAGACUGCUAACCUGGUGCGGAUCCUCCAGGGGGACGAGUCCAUAGUCAACUGCCUGCAGCCUCACCCCAGUUACUGCUUCCUGGCUACCAGCGGCAUCGACCCUGUGGUGCGGCUCUGGAACCCCAGGCCGGAGGCGGAAAGUGAGAGUGGGAACGGGCGCGUGGUGGAGGACAUGGAGGGCGCCGCUGCAGCCAACCAGCGGCGUAUGAAUGCCGACCCCCUGGAGGUCAUGCUGCUCAACAUGGGUUACCGCAUCACGGGCCUCAGCGGCCGCGGGCCAGAGGGCUCGGACGAUGAGGACAGCUCAGACGGCCAGGUGCAGUGCCGGCCCAGCUAGACUAGCGGGCCCAACACCACAUACAGUAUGGAGGGAGCAGGACGCAAGGCACUCCUCCCCCACCCCCUCCCAAACCCUGAGGCUGUCUGUGUGUGUGUACGUGUGUGUCUGUGAGGAGGGGGAAAAAGCACCAUAGAUAUUCUGUUUGUCAAUGUUUCAUUCACCCCUCUAAAACGAAAGCAACAUUGAGUGAAUGUCAUGUCACAGCUCUGCACUAUGCACUGCCCUCCUCUUUCACAUCCCGAGGCAGGAUUGGAGGAAACCAGUUUGGCGAGGGGAUUCCACAGGGGUGACGACGACGACCUUUCACCUUUUUUUUUAAGAACACCAACGACAUCACCUCGGCCUCUCCCUCCGCUGCUCCAAGGCUAGGGGUAUUGGGCCUAUACGGUAAAGAAGAGGAGAGCACUCCAUCACUUCCCAAUCUCUCACUAUGAGCUAGGUGUCAACCACUUCUAAACCCUCUUCAAGGAGGAGCGCGUUGGAGGGAAACACUACAAGCAGAAGCCCCCGGCCUCUGGUAGUGUAGCCUACAGAUGGCUCAGAGGUUAGAGGUCACACUCAGCCCCUCUCCAGCUCUGAAAGUCUCUACAUAAAGUUUUUGAUUUACAAUCCUUUUUUUAAGUUGUUGGAAUAUUGGUCAACAGGAAGAGAGCACAAGAAGUCUUGACUUUAAGUGUUACCCAGUCUUGAAGUGUUUCUCCAACUCAAAUUAAAUGUGUUGAUGGGAUUGUGCUCCUUGUUUCUUUUAAACUCGGUCUGACAAAAAAAAUAAUGGCUCUGCAUUUGUUCUAAGUUUUGAGAGUAAAAAAUGGCCAAGGAUCCAUGUUGCAUUUUGCUUUGUCUGUUGUUGAGAAGUUCUUGUGGCUCUAUAUGCCUAUUUUAUUGACAGGUAUGCAAAAUGUUUCCCUUUUACUUUUAUUAUGUAGGUUAAGACAAAGCUGUCAGACUGAAGCAGUAGCUCCUCACAUUUUCUCCAACACAUAGACAUUUGCUCCUCUGUCAUUUGUUGAUAACAAUGUAGAGACGGAUAAUUCUAAAGGAUGGUUGUGGGGUUACGUUUAGGGGUUUGAUUUAAUUGAUAAGUCAGGUGUUGAUUGGUCAGAAAAUCUGUCGAACUUUGUUGUACUAAAGGUUGCAAAAUUCUGGUAAUUUCCACAAGUUUCCCAGUUUUUCGAGAUAUCCCGGUCGGUAGAUAACCGGGAUUCGGAUGGAAUAAGCACAAAAUCGGGAAUCUUUCAACCAGUAUUUCUAGAAAACCUGGGAAUUAUGGGAAAGUUAACCUGGGAAUUAUGGGAAAGUUAACCUAUGUUGGACUGAUGCUCUGAACAGAGAGAGGGAAAGUGAAGAAGAAAGAAUGGUAUUUCACUAUCCUAGGGCAAUACCACCAGUCCUAAUAUCAUUCAUGCAUGGCAUAGAGGCAAUUUCAUAGACGCUAUUCAUUUGGUGUCUUUUGGGGUUCGGGAUCCCUACACGAGCACUUUCAGCUUUCUCCAGAAAGUUUUGGGGGAAGAAUGGGAUAGGGAUUUUUCCCUUCCUGUAGCUUUGGAGCCAGCAUGAGUCCUCUGCUGCAGUUGGAAUUUUGCUUAUGAGGUCAUAUGAGAUUUUGUCUAAAGGUAACAUUGUAAAGGGCAAAUUUGGACAAUGAGCCUCUCGGUCCUCUGGCCGACCAGCAAACCUCCAGCUCACUGAUGACGUGGAUUCAAAGAGAACCUAAGGAUGGAAUCCUCGAACACUAGGCUUCCAUGUAUAAUUUCUUUGUUAAAAAAAAAUAAUUUAAGACAUUUUUUUAUCUGUUUGUUUUCUUUGGGAAAAAUCCAAUGACAAAGUUUGCUGCAAGAGAAAAAUAAAAGAGGUCUAAUAUUGUUGAA